AUGAGCUGUGAGCAGUCCCCCAAAUCACUGCUGUCCAAGAAGAAUAGAAGCGAUGGGGUUCACAUCACUCCUGAGCUCCAGAAAGAAGAGAAGGAGGCUGUGGACAACCGCAAGACCCAGGUGGUGAUGUCUCUGAAUAAACUGGGCAUCAAGGCUGAUGAGGCACCAGUCCUUGCUGUUCUUGGCUCCGGCGGGGGUCUGAGGGCACACUUUGCCUGUCUUGGGGUCCUGAUCGAGAUGAAAAACCACAGCCUGUUGGAUGUCAUCACGUACCUUGCAGGGGUCUCAGGCUCCACUUGUCUGGGAGUGAAGUUCCAGGGCUCUCUUUUGUCCAGCAUGAAGAAGCAUGUGGAAAAAGGGACACUACCCUACCCAAUAUUUGCAGCCAUUGAUAAUGACCUUCACCCUGGUUGGAAGGAUCAAAAAACUCAAAAAUCCUGGUUUGAGUUCACUCCCCACCAUGCUGGGUAUCCUGCACUCAAGUCUUACAUCCCUAUUACCCAGUUUGGAAGUCAAUUUGAGAAUGGAAGAUUAGUCAAAUCUGCGCUUGAGCGAGACCUUUCUUUCCUGAGAGGAUUAUGGGGAAGUGCUGUAGCUAAUACUGAAGAAAAUAAGAAAUUUAUUUGGGAUGAGUUUUUGAGCCUGAAAGAAAAAUUGUUAGGGAAACAUCAGUUAACACAAGGGAUGAUUGAAAAAGAGAUAACAGUGGAUGAAGCUCUCCUAGAAUUGACGGUGGAUUACAUAAAAGAUGAAAAGGACCCCAGUAUCCAGAAGAAGCUCCAGGCCUUGCAGCAGGCACUGGAUGCCGGGAGAGAUGAGCAUGGUGAGCCUGAAUGCAGGAAAGUGGCCAUGAUGAUCCAGAAUUGGAGUAACGCCUCCCAGAAGGAGCAAGGCCUGAUCCUGGAAACUCUGGUGUGUCACUUCACAGGGCAAGCAAGCACGAUGGCCCUAUCCACAGCUUUGAGUGUGUCCAAGUUAACAAUCUCGGACAUUUUAGCCUUUCUGGCUAAAACUGCAAAGUGCAUUUGGAACUGGGAAUGGGGGACCAUUCACAACUUCCUGCAUCAACACCAUGGCUCCAAUGUUUGCAUCACAGAUGAGGAUAUGUGCAGCCGAAAACUCCUCCAUCUGGUGGACGCCGGGCUUGCCAUCAACAGUCCCUACCCACUUCUUCUGCCCCCUGCACGGGAAGUUCAGCUCAUCCUCUCCUUUGACUUCAGCGAUGGGGACCCUUUUGAGACUGUCAGAGCCACAGCUGACUACUGCCACCACCAUAAAAUCCCCUUUCCCCUGGUGAAAGAGGCUGAUCUAAAGGAGUGGGCUGAAGCCCCUACCAGCUGCUACAUCCUGAAAGGGGAAAGUGGACCCGUGGUGAUGCAUUUCCCCCUGUUUAACAAAGACAACUGUGGAGAUGACAUUAAUACUUGGAGAGACAAAUAUGGCACAUUCAAACUAUCGGACACCUACUCUGUACAGCUGGUGAAGGAUCUCCUGGAGAAGUCCAAGGAGAACGUCAGGAAAAACAAGGAGAAGAUCAUCCGUACAAUAAAGGAGGUGGUUGGUAGGAAAGGGAAUUGGUUAGAAGAGCUCCGGGCAUCAUUUCUUGAGUUUGACAAGGACCGUGAUGAGUUCAUCUCUUACAAGGAGAUGGAGCUGACCAAACUGGGCCAGCAAAUCCACAUGAACCCUGAGACCAGGGGCUGA